GUCUCAAAGUGGUGUCAAUGAAAAAGACAGGAUCUUACAAGCAAAAGAGAUGUAUCAACAACUCAUGGGAUCAACAUUUGUGUAUGAGCAUUGUUGGCAUCUAUUGAAGGAUCAACCUAAAUGGACUACUGAAAAUAGCAAGAAAAAAUCCAAGACUAGUCCAAAUGCAAGCCCUGCAUCUUCUUCUCCUUCCAUUCCAUGUGCAGUCAAUUUAGGGGAAGAUUCUCAAGAAUCUAGAUGUAUAGAAAGGCCAGAAGGUAAAAAGGCUGCAAAGAAAUUGGCAAGCCAGAGAAAGGGUAAAAAUCCAUUGGGUGGAAAUGCAGAGUCUGCAAUAGAUCUUCAAAUGGAAAUCCAAGAAUUAAGAAAACAGAAACUAGAACAUGCACGCAGACAAGAUGAGCAAUUCCAAUUGAUGUAUGUUGCAGAGCAAGAGCAACUUGCUAUUAGGCGUGAAGAAGUUCUAAUUCAACGUCGAAGUGAAGAUUCUAGAAUAAUGGCAAUGGAUACUACAAACAUGCUACCAAUGCAAGCAGAAUACAUUAUAGGCCUUCAAAAGGACAUCUUGGCAAAAGUUGCUGAUGGGAGGAGGAAUGAGCCACAACAAUUUGCUGGUUAGUCGAAAUGAUUGGAGCUGUUAUGUGCAUUUUAUUUUUGGGGAAACUGAUUAUGUACCUCUUUGGCCUAUAAUUUUUGUUGGGUAAACUGAUAUGCUCUUUGGAGUGCUGUAAUG